CUGUUUUUUUUGUGGGAUUGCGUGCAAAUUCUUUAUAAUAAAAAAAAAUUUGAUUCCACUAUUGUUUUGAAGUUGAUUGAAUGAUUGACCGAAUUUAUCAAUCGAUUAAACAUUAAAAUCAUGAGUUUUACUUCAGAUGAGAUCAACUAUCUUAUUUAUCGAUAUCUACAAGAAAGUGGAUUCAUACAUUCUGCUUUUACAUUCGGUAUCGAAUCACAUGUUAGCCAAUCGAAUAUAAAUGGCGCCCAAGUUCCACCGGCAGCAUUAAUAUCCAUCAUUCAAAAAGGUAUACAAUACACUGAAGCAGAGCUUUAUGCUGACAAUGAUGAUGGAGGCGAAAGACAAUUUGAAGCAAUGUCAUUAAUUGAUGCUGUUACACCUGAAUUUCUUCAUCGAAUACAAUUAUCACGUUUGGAAGCAAAUAAUGCAAGUGGAAACAAUAGAAAUGUACCGAACGGCACUGGACCACCGACUGCAUCCAAUUCAACUUCCAAUGCCAACAAUAAUAACAACUGCAGUAACAAUACGAACAAUGAUUCUUCAAGACCAAAUGAUUCAGCUAAUAAUAAUAGUGGUAAUGCAAAUCAAGAUAAUACGGUCACGAAUAACAAUGGCCUUAUAAAUUCUGUGGUUCAAAAUGGUACAGCAAAUUCUACUCAAAAUACCUCAAAUAAUUCCGCGAUCAAAAUGGAAAUCGAUCAAUAUUGUUCGAUGACAAUGUCCAGCAAUUCAAAUAUGGCUCCAUUGAAUAAUUUACCUCCUGGCAGCGGUAAUCAACAGCAACAGAAUUCAGGAGCUUCUCGCUCUGGAACACCACAUAAUUUUUCAUCCGUAAAUAGUGCCCAACAGCCAACACCUGUACAAACAAAUUCUGUUCCACCAUCGUCGGCUAACAUGGCCAAUUUAAAUUCACCUGUAAUAGCAUCAUUAAAUAUUGGAAAUAAUAAUCCAGGAGGAGGAACUCAACAAGUAUCUCAACAUCAGCCAACAACAACUGUUUCGAUUAAUGAUAUUGAUAUUCCUCAAUCAAAAGCAACAGUACUUCGUGGUCAUGAUUCUGAAGUAUUUAUUUGUGCUUGGAAUCCUACGUCUGAUCUGUUGGCAUCUGGAUCUGGUGAUUCAACUGCUCGAAUAUGGAAUAUGGCUGAUCCUGGAAAUCAUUUAAUACUCCGUCAUUGCAUUCAAAGAGGAGGCACUGAAGUACCUUCAAACAAAGAUGUUACAUCGUUAGAUUGGAAUACUGAUGGAACAUUAUUAGCUACAGGUAGUUAUGACGGUUAUGCACGAAUUUGGACAACCGAAGGUAGACAGGCUUCAACUUUGGGACAACAUAAAGGUCCAAUAUUUGCUUUAAAAUGGAACAAAAAAGGCAAUUAUAUAUUGAGUGCUGGAGUGGAUAAAACGACAAUUAUUUGGGAUGCAUCUUCCGGUCAAUGCACUCAACAGUUUGCAUUUCAUAGCGCUCCUGCAUUGGAUGUUGAUUGGCAAACAAAUUUCUCAUUCGCUUCUUGUUCCACUGAUCAAUGUAUACAUGUAUGCAAAUUGGGAUCGUUAACACCUGUCAAAACUUUCAAAGGUCAUCAGAACGAAGUUAAUGCUAUAAAAUGGUGUCCACAAGGUCGUCUUUUAGCAUCGUGUUCGGAUGACAUGUCGUUGAAGAUUUGGUCGAUGAAUUCAGAUACGCCUGUACAUGAUUUUCAAGCCCAUCAAAAAGAAAUCUAUACGAUAAAAUGGUCGCCAACUGGUCCUGGAACGGCCAACGCUAAUUUAAAUCUCAUGUUAGCUUCAGCUUCGUUUGAUUCGACUGUUCGAUUAUGGGAAGUGGAAAAAGGAACCUGUUUGAAUACGUUGACCAAACAUAAUGAACCAGUAUAUUCGGUUGCAUUUUCACCGGAUGGUCGCUUCCUAGCAUCAGGAAGUUUUGAUAAAUGUGUACAUAUUUGGUCUACACAGACUGGACAAUUGGUCCACUCAUAUAAAGGAACUGGAGGAAUAUUCGAAGUUUGUUGGAAUUCUAAAGGAGAUAAGGUUGGAGCAUCAGCCUCCGAUGGAUCCGUAUUUGUUUUGGAUCUCAGGAAAUAAUUGAUUAUAACUAAAAAAAAAAAAUCUACUCGACCAUUCAUUCACUUGAAUA